AUGUUCAUUUGUCCGACUGAUUGCCAGCCAGGCCGCGAUGGACGUGAUGGUGUGCCUGGAAGGCCUGGAAGCCCCGGACCUGUGGGUCCACAGGGACCACAAGGGCCGCCUGGACAACCUGGUCAAGUGAUACGUGAGGGAUUGGAUGGCGGUCAAAUUGUUACGGGCCCUGAAGGACCUCAAGGACCACCUGGACCAAUGGGACCACAAGGUCCGCCCGGCCCUCCGGGCGUUGGAACACCUGGAUAUCCGGGCGAACCUGGUGUGCCCGGCCGUUGUGAACGAUUACACCCCGAUGAUCUUGAGCGAAUUAUUAGAGAUCCACGUGUUAAGGGUGAAAAGGGAGAAUGUCUUCCUGGAGAGCCUAUUUAUCGUCCUGGAGAGCUCCCUCCGUAUGACCCACAGCGACACCGAUUCACAACAAAGGGCGAAAAAGGUGAAAGAGGCCCAAUGGGUAUAAUGGGACCGCCUGGCCCAUCAGGACCGCCGGGGCCAGCAGGACCGCCAGGAACAUCAGGAAUACCGGGUCCGUAUGGGCCACCAGGACCUCCUGGACCGCCUGGACCACCAUCGCCAGUUUAUCCACCACCACAGCACAUUGCUCCUGGAGGGUUGGAUGACGUUAAGGUGCACGUCUACCCAACCACAAUCGAAUUGUUCUCAGCAUCGCACGGUUUGCCUCAGGGCUCGCUCACGUUCUGCGUCGCCAGUCAGCAACUGCUUAUCCGCGUUAGUGGCGGCUUCAAGGAUGUCAAAGUUUGUUCUGCUGUUUUCAUUCUUUUUAGCUCAGAUAUAAAGUGA